AUGAAAGGUGCAACGCGGCGGCGGGCGCUGCUGCUCCUGCUGCUGGUGGCGAGCAGCGUGCCGGCGGGGCUCUGCGACACCAACUCCCAAGAUGCCUCGGCGCUAAGGUCUCUGAUGAGCCAGUGGACCAACUACCCGUCGACAUGGACGUCGUCCGGCGACCCAUGCGACGGUAGCUGGGACGGGAUCAUGUGCAGCAACGGGAGGAUCACCUCGCUGAGGGUAGCCAGCGUCAACCUGCAGGGCACAAUGAGCGACAGCAUCGGACAGCUCAGCCAGCUCGUCUUCCUGGAUUUUUCCUACAACACUGGCCUGACUGGUCCGUUGCCUGCUUCGAUCGGGAACCUUGUUCAGCUCACAACACUGAUCGUGGCUGGUUGCAGUUUCAACGGAGGCAUUCCCAAAGAACUGGGCAACCUGCUGAAGAUGUCUUUCCUUGCGCUGAAUUCAAACCAGUUUACGGGCACAAUACCAGCUUCGCUUGGCCUACUCUCAAACCUCUACUGGCUAGACCUGGCAGAUAAUAAGCUAACAGGAUCUCUUCCUAUCUCAACAGGAACGGCACCGGGCCUUGACAUGCUUACCCGCACACAACACUUCCAUUUCAGCAAGAACCAGCUAUCCGGACCGCUUACAGGCCUCUUCAACUCUAAUAUGUCUCUCCUACACAUAUUGUUUGAUGCCAAUCAAUUUUCAGGGCCAAUUCCAUCUGAGGUUGGAACCAUUAGCUCUCUCACAGUUAUUCGAUUGGAUAGGAACAAGUUAGUGGGACCAGUUCCUAACUUGACCAACUUGGUAAAUCUAAAUGAGUUGAACUUGGCAAGCAACCAGCUAACUGGAUCACUGCCAGAUCUCAGCAGCAUGAACAUGUUAAAUGUUGUGGAUUUGAGCAACAACACAUUUAAUGCUUCAGUAGCCCCAAACUGGUUCACAACUCUAACAAGUCUUACUUCACUAUCGAUAUCUUCUGGAAAACUCACUGGCGAGGUUCCUAAGGCACUAUUCACAUUGCCCCAACUGCAAGAAGUUGUACUGAACAAAAACCAGCUCAGCGGGACACUUGAUAUGUCAGGCAACAUCAGCCAACGGCUGCAAUCUGUUGAUCUCAAUACAAACAGCAUACUUUCUGCCAAUGUCACUCCAAACUACAAAAAGGCACUGGUGCUUCUCAACAAUCCGGCGUGUUUCGAUGAAUCUUUGUCCGGUGGCCCAUUUUGCAGCGUCCAGCAACCAAACGUGAUAGCAUACAGAACUAGCAUGGACAAAUGUGCCUUGACAACUAGGUGCCCUAGUGAUCAGAAUCAGAACCCUGUGAAUUGUGGCUGCGCCUUUGCAUACAGUGGCAAGAUGAUCUUCAGAGCUGCGCUUUUCAAGGACUCGUCGGACAGCGUUAUGUUUCAGCAAUUGGAGAUGAGCCUCUGGACACAGUUGAACCUGCGUGCCGGUGCAGUUGAGUUGUCCGAUGUCCACUUUAACAGCGACAGCUACCUCCAAGUUCAAGUGGAGCUGUUCCCUUCAUCCAGGACAAGCUUCAACCAUUCUGAACUGAUCAUCAUCGGGUUUCUUCUCAGCAACCAUACCUACAAGCAACCGGAAAAGUUCGGGCCUUAUAUCUUCAUUGCAGAUAAAUAUAUCCCCUUUUUAGUUGCUGGUGGCAAUAAAUCAAAGUUCAGUACAGGUGCUAUAGCUGGAAUCGCAGCAGCGGCCGGUGGGCUUCUUGUGAUUGCCCUCAUCCUGACGGGAUUAUUUGCUUUCCGACAGAAGAGAAGGAACCAGAAACUAAAAGUACAAACCAACCCUUUUGCUAGGUGGGGCACUAUGCCAAAAGAAAGUGGAAAAGCUCCACAGCUGAAAGGAGUGAGGUUCUUCACCUUCGAGGAGAUGAAAAGCUGCACCGAGAAUUUCUCGGAUAGCUAUGAGAUAGGUGCAGGAGGCUAUGGAAAGGUGUACAAGGGAAGACUGGUAGAUGGAAUGUGGGUGGCGAUAAAGCGGGCGCAGUCCGGGUCGAUGCAAGGUGCGGCGGAGUUCAAGAACGAGAUCGAGCUGCUGUCCCGUGUUCACCACAGCAACCUGGUGAGCCUGAUCGGUUUCUGCUUCGAGCAAGGGGAGCAGAUGUUGGUGUACGAGUUUGUCGCCGGUGGGACGCUGCGAGAGAACCUUGUUGGGAGAGGUUCUUACCUUGAUUGGAAUAAGAGGCUGAGGAUCACUCUCGGCUCGGCGAGGGGCCUGGCAUACCUACACGAGCUCGCCGACCCUCCGAUCAUCCACCGGGACAUCAAAUCCACUAACAUCCUCCUCGACGAGAACCUCAAGGCCAAGGUCGCCGACUUCGGCCUCUCCAAGCUCCUCGCUGACAGCGAGGAAGGCCACGUCUCCACCCAAGUCAAAGGAACAAUGGGUUACUUGGAUCCGGAGUACUACAUGACACAGCAGUUGUCGGAGAAGAGCGACGUGUACAGCUUCGGGGUGGUGAUGCUGGAGAUGGUGAGCGGGAGGCAGCCGAUCGAGAAGGGGAAGUACAUCGUGCGGGAGGUGAGGCAGGUCCUCGAUCCCGCUGACCGCGACUACUACGGCCUGCAUGCCAUCGUCGACCCAGCGAUUUGGGGCGCCGCGCGGACCGCUGGGUUUAGGCGCUACGUGCAGCUGGCCAUGCAGUGCGUGGACGAGUCGGCGGUGGCCCGGCCGUCCAUGGGCACCGUGGUGAAGGAAGUGGAGGACAUGCUGCUCAAGGAGCCCGACAUGGACGGGCCCAACUUGGCCAAAUCGUCCGACACCGAAUUCGACGGCGCAGGCAGGGGCACACCCACGCACCUCUACAGCGACGUGGAGAUCACCACUGGCGGCGACGGCGUGUCGGAGUACAUGCCCUACCUCGAGGUCAAGCCCAAAUAGAUCGAGAUUGUACAUUCAUUUGGAGUUGCUUCGACUUUUUUCUUCUUCACAUUUGACCACGCGAUAAUGAAUUGUAUGUUAAUUUUGUAUGUGUUGAUGUGUUGUAUCUUACGUAGUAUAUAAUGGAUUCUUGGGCAGGGAAUUUCCAUUUGCAAAUGUCCCACCUCA